UGAAAAAUAAAGUAACAUAAGGGCACUGAUAAAGCUAAAUUAAAUGAAACACAUACCUAAAUAAACACACCGUAAAGUUCAAAAAGAAACAGCGGAAGAAAGAUAUUUGUAGCGAGAUGCAAGCAAAUCCGGAAGAUGGCAGCAACGCGUCGCCGUGCAUUGCCCACUUCCGCAAAGCCAGCGCCGAAGAAGAAAAAGCCGGAAGUUAGCGCCACAUCGCUGAUCUGGGGAGAGCUAGCGUCAUUUGGACGCUGUGGGGGGAAAAAAUGUGUAAAGUGAGGAUGUUGCGAGAGCUGGUGAAGCAGCGACUCAACGUGGCCAUCGAGGAGAUCUUCGAACUAUUCGACGAAACCCUAGCGGAGUACGAGGAGGAACUUUGUCGCACGAAAGCGGAGAACGUGCGACAACGCGAACUCCUGGAUGCUGUUCUCAAACCUCAAGUUGGAGUCCACUCAACAGACAUCCAGCAGGUGUUGGUGGAGCAUCAAGAAGAGGUUCUUUCGGCGCAGCGGGAGUGGCGCGCCAAUGUGGAGGAGGAGCUACCAGAGCCCCCUCGCAUAAAAGAGGAAGCGUGGAGCAGUCGGGAUAGCGAGCGGCUUCCGGCGCUGGAGGAUGAGGAGGCUGACGUGACCGCCUUUGCGUUGACCGGCGGCGGCGUGGCCGUGAAGAGUGAAGACGACGGCGGCGGUGAAGCUCUGCGGCUUCAUCGCGGUCAAAGCGAGCGCAGCAGAAAAGCAGAUGGAGGAGGAUCAGACAUGGACGGCAUGAUGUCGCACUCUUCCGAAACUGAUCACAGCGACCACGGCGAAGAAACUUUGGUUCAGAACUCCCAAAGGGAUACCGCACACCACGCAGACAACAAACAGUUCAAGUGCUCUGAAUGCGGCAAAAGGUUCGCGCACAAGGGAAGUUUGAAAAUCCACAUGAUCACGCACACGGGAGAGAAACACUUCGCUUGCUCCUUUUGUGCCAAAACCUUCUACUUAAAGCAUCACAUGAACAGACACAUGCGAAUUCACACGGGGGAGCAUCCCUACUCCUGCUCGGUUUGCGCUAAGGGCUUCCGAGAUAAAUACAAACUCAUCAACCACAUGAGGACGCACGCGGCUGAGAAACCUUUCGCCUGCUCGGUUUGUACGAAACGUUUCUCUAGUCGGGAAUGUCUGGCGUUGCACGUGACGACACACGCGGCAGAGAACGCUUCGGCCUCGAGCGGCGCCCGUGCUGUUCCGUCCCAAGUCGCUAGCAACUUUGCCUCGCUUUCGGACGUGGACGACGAUGACGGCGACGCGAUGUCUCCCUCUUCUGAUACGGAUCACAGCGACGACGCCAGUAAGAAGCCCGAAGGCGACGGCGACAGCAAUGACUUCAUCUGCUCCAAAUGCGGGAAAACCUUUUACCACAAGGGGCAUCUGAACAGACACAUGAUAACGCACACCGGGGAGAAACCUUUCGGUUGUUCGUGUUGCACCAAACGAUUUACCCGCAAGUCCGAUCUGAAGGUACACGUCCAGGUCAAACACACAGGCGACAAGCCCUUCGAAUGCAGCGUUUGCGCCAAAACGUUCCCCGUCAAGAGAUAUCUGAUCACGCACAUGAGAAAGCACAACGCCGGUCUCCCGUUUAGCUGCCCGGCGUGCGGGAAAGGUUUCUCUGCGAAAGAAGAAUUGGAAACGCACGUGGCGACGGACGCCGAAUGCGGAGGAUCGCAAGCGGACGACACGACGCCGCACUCUUCGGAACCGGACCGCAAUAAGAGCGCCAAACGCGACGCCACGCAACACACGGGCUUCAUCUGCUCCGAGUGCGGCAAGUCGUUCGUCCAGAAGGCCACGUUGAACCGACACAUGCGAAUCCACACCGGGGAGAAACCUUUCGGCUGCACGGUUUGCGGCAAACGCUUCUCCCGAAACGGCGAUUUGACCAUCCACGUGAGAACGCACUCGGCGGACAAACCUUUCAACUGCACGCUGUGCGCCGAGUCCUUCUCCCUCAAGCACUACCUGAACGUGCACAUGAAGAGACACUUUGCCGACAAGCCGUUCGCUUGCUCCGUGUGCGCCAAACGCUUCAACACCAAAGCGCACCUGAAGACGCACAUGAAGAGGCACACGGGGGAGAAACCCUUCAGCUGCGAAGUGUGCGGCCGCUGCUUCUUCUGCAAGCGCGACGUCAGGACGCACAUGCGGACGCACACCGGGGAGAAACCCUUCACGUGUCCCGUGUGCAAAAAAGGCUUCUCCACCAAAACGUACGUCUCCAUGCACAUGAGGACACACACCGGGGAGAGGCUGUUCAGCUGCGACGCCUGUCAUAAAAGAUUCACCUUUAAGACGCAAGUCUACAGUCACGUGUGCACCGGCUACAAAAACAGCAAUAACGACACUGCGGGAAUUUAAACGCUGUGACAGACUGUAAAUCUCUUUCACGUACCGCAGUGCUUUGUAGAUAUUUGUUAAACGUGUUGGCAGCAGGUUGGCGUAGCGGUUAUGCCAGCUGACCUGCGUUGAAAAGCAGAGUACACACUCAACUGGUCAAUUAUAGAGACAGACAAUCCUAACAAACCUGAACAAAAUCUGGCAAAUAUGUGAUUAAAAUCAUGUAGAAAGGUGCAAAAAAAAAAAACUGAAUCCGGCAAACCAAUCUAACAAAAACAUGAACAAAAGUGUUUCCAAAAAUGGAAAACAAAAAUCAGACAAUAAUCUGUUGUUAUUGUUAUUAUUAUUUUUAAAGGAGACAAAAGUACAAAAAAAAAACAGACAGGGACAAAAGAGACAAAGAUUUAACAAAAAAAGACAAUAAAUCAUAAAAAGAAAUUUACAAUACCACACAAAAAUAUGCCGAAUUUAGGAUUUUUUUUAAUAAAUUGGGCAAAAGCGUCGAUUUUUUUUUAAAGAAAGCAUGAAAAGAAAAUUUCAAAAUCCGACGAACAAACAAGAGUAAAGAAAGUACAAAAAUAUUACAAGAAUCAGACAGACUUUUCUGUGUGAUUUUUAAAAAGCAGACAAAAAAAAUAUAAAAGUAUAUAAAAAAAACUGACACAAAUCUGGCAAAAAAUACAGCAAAAACUUUGACAAAAACAAGUUCAAAUCAAGCAAAAAAUGGGGGCUAACUGAUACAAAUGUGAUUUAAAAAAAAACAAAAAACAGACAAGUAAUAACCUAUAAAAAGCUUACAAAAACUUGGAAAACAUGACCAUUAAAAAGCAGACCCCCCCCCAAAAAAAAAGUACAGAAAGCUGGCAAAAAUAGCAGAAAAAACAUUUGGGCUUGGGAAAAAAAUUUAACAAACUUAAAACAAAAAGGCAACAAAUAUAAACAUGAUGAAAGUCAGACACAAAAUGAUAACACUGCUGUAAAUAAACUCCGGCGGGGGUGUGAGUGUGAACGCUUGUUUGUCUCUGUGUGCCCUGCAAGUGGCCGCCCGAAUGAGGACAAGCGCAAAACAAAAUCCGACCCCGUGUGUCCGUAUUAAGCGUACAUCAAACUCAUGUCACCUUGUGUUCUCAUUUGAUAUUUUUAUAUCUAUAAAUGUGUGUCAUGGAUGUCAUCCCACUGUCAGUAUACUGUAAGAAAUAGCUGAAAGUAUAACUCGCAUCAAAGCUCAUGAUGUGUCCUUACGCUUCCUGUAGUUUUACUUGGUUUUAGUUGGAUUUUACAUUGACUUAACAUCUCUUUGUCCUCGUACGACUUUUUUAGAAUGUUACCUGAAACGUUGCCUGUACAGUUAAUGUUUAUGAUGGUGACAGCCUGGAGCAAAUUAAAAGAAAGGCAUUUAAAAAAACAAAACAAAAAAAAAAAAGCAAAGUA